UGCCUAAACUGCCGAGUGAAUGAAAGAUUAGUGACCAAACGACAAUUUUCUACUAAUCAUUCUGGACAAGAAAAAGGUGAUGGAAAAAGAGAUGAUGCAACUUAAAAAAAAAACGUAAGUGGCAAAAACCCACACGCAAUAAUAAAUCACAGCCAACUCUGUCAGUGUGUGAAGAAAGAUCUAUAAGAAUAAGACUGACUUCUAUUUUAUAAUCACACAAGGGCCCUUGGUUAUCAGUCCCAAAAAAAUCCAAGUAAUUCGCAAGUAAUUUGGGGUUGGAUUUUCCGAUGGAUUUGGCGGAGCUGUGGGCCAUAUUCGGACCGGGAGUCUCAGGAGCGGUGUUCGGGGCCGGGUGGUGGUUUUGGGUGGACGCCGUCGUUUGCAGCGCUGUCAAGGUCUCCUUUCUUCACUACCUCCCAGGAAUUUUUGCAUCUUUGGCUGCGUUGAUGUUCAAUUGUGUUAGAAAAGAAGACAUUGAUUAUUCUCCUUAUGAAGAAGGUGAAUGGAGGUUGAAGCUCUGGCUGUUCAUUGCAUAUGUUGUUUCUUUUGUCUCUUUGGCAGCCUCAGUGGGGUUAUUAAUACAAGAUUCCCUUGUGACGACUGGGCCAUCUUCAUGGACAGGAGUUGCAGGGGUUUUACAAUGCGUGUUUGUGCUGAUCAGGUAUGAUUUACUCUACAGUAAUUAAUCAUUAUGGUUUAUCAUUUGAUGUUGGGACUAUCUUUCUGUCUUGUGUAUCUCUUAUGGUGUGGGUUAUUUGGCUUUUUCAAUAUGGCUUGAAGAUUUUUGCUCAUAUCCUGGCCCCUUGUCACUGGGAUGUACCUAGAAAAUUCUAGUUAAUUUAUUUUAUGCAGUUUAACUUAAUUGCCUAACAGACCCAUAACUUUGGAGGUGAGAGGUCAAGAGACACUAACCUAUUAGUGAUAGGUGAUUUACAUUCUAUAUACAUUCUAGAAGAAGGCAUGGACUUUAAAGAGGUUUUGAGCGCUGUUGUAGCUCCACAAGGUGUAAUGUGUACAAUUAUAUAGGCUAUCCUAGACUAUUAGGAGGUGAAAAAGCAAUAAUUGAAAUUAAACUGAUCUCUAUUAGGUAGUUGAUAAUAGGAGUUUGUGAACAAGAGAAGAAAUAUAGUUGCUCUUCCCUAAUUUAUGUGAGGAUUAAAUCGUCAUAUCCCUUGUUCCUAUAACUUGCUGGUGCGAACAAAAUACAGUCAUGUAAUCUCAUGGCAUUGUAACACAAGGCAACAUCCAGCAAACUCCUGAUAACUAACCUAGGUUGUGCAUCUGAAAGGGGAUAAGACAAUCGGUAGUUAAACAAUAGUGCCAUGAAACAUUACCUAAAGAUACAGAGAAUGUAACCAAAUCAUUUAUGGACUUGAUUUUCUCUCAGCCAGCCUUGUGAUCAGGGAGUUGAUUGCUUUACCUGAAGAUUUAACACUAAGUAUGGAACUGAGUUGGUUGAGGACUUGCAUACAUUACAUUUGAGUAUCCUUGUGUUUGCACAUGAAAUCAUGGAUUAAACAUUCGAUUUCCUGCUCUUGUGAUUGCACCCUGUUGCGCGAGCUCCACAUUUCAUUUCUUCCGCUCCAUCUUUUGUCCUAUUUCAACCUCUAGUAUCAAUCAUUUACGGUGAAGGAGCAAAGCCAACAAAAGAUAAACAGUUCCGCCUUGAAGCUGAAGCGGAACCCUUUUUCUAGAAAACUUAAUUGUGCUGUUACUUGCUUUCUUUUGCAUAGUCACACCUGCUCAUACUUAUAUAUGCAAAAGCAUGUUGCUUGAGCUAUUUCUUUCUGAUGUGGUAAGUAAAAACUCCGAAGACUUGGCAGUGGGGACCUGUAUUAAACGUCAACUUUACUGGAAUUACUAGCUACGAUAGACGUACAAAAUCUUGAUUAUGCACUUUCCUUUUGGCUACAUCCAUUUUAUAUCUAUUUUCAUUAAUUUUUGUGCUUAGAUUUCAUAAACAUUCUUUAGCUUUGAAGUUAAAGAUUUACUAUUUUUUCGUAUGAGUAGUCCGGCUCUGCCAUUUCCAGCCAAACUAAUGUCUAGGCUUCUUGUUGAAGUAGUAAUUACCUUUUUGCAGCUCUUCGCCAAAUAUCAUUUACUAUCUCAUUGACCAACUUUGCAUAUCAUUAAUUUUCCUUUUGGAAGUCUUCCAAAUACUGAAGUUAAACAACCACAAAAUGAAGGUUAAGAAAUUGUUGUGAGAGGGUAGGAAAUUAGUUUGUUGUUUGGAGUCAUAAUGUCAGAUUCUAAGGAUGUUGAUAUAAUAAAAUUAGUAAUUUCAGAUACUGCCCGUAUUGCACACUAACUUCAUCUGUUUCAGAUACUGCCCAUAUUGCACACUAACGUCAUCUAUAUCUAUCUUCUUGUCGAUGUCCUUGCAGUGGGCUGAUCUACUGGACCUCACAUUCAGAAUAGCAGCUUUGAAUAGAACAAUGAUAAAAGGGAGAGUUGAUCUCAUGAGACGGGGCUGCAAUCUGAAAAAAUGAAAAGCUUGAGGCUUUUUGAACGGAUCGUGUGUGCAUGUAUUUAGUUUCUUUUUCUGUCUUUUUUUUUUUUUUUUGGGGGAAGGUUGAGGGAGAGAUGCUCCAUACAGCUAGCUAAUGUUACUCGAACUUUGGUCUCCAUGUAUUUACUUGAUCAAGCUAGGGAUCCAUUAUCCAAAUCUCGUGUAAAUGCCUUUUAUCCUUGGUUGAGUAUCUUUAAAUGAAUGAAUUCUAGUUGUGAAUAUUUUCUGGCUAUGAUUUCUCAACCUUGUUUUUUUUUUUUUUUCUCCAUUUGAAUAUCCCGUAAGAAGAAAUAUGAGAAA